CACCACCAUGUCCAAUAAGUCGAAGCCCAGGCCCCGCGAGACCGCGAGUUUCUUUGAAGUUGAUCAUGAUGCGUGCAUGCUGGUCAAACACUCAGAUCCCACCGAGGACGGCCGUGUUUGUAAUGGCGUCGCCUACCAGGCUUGGCUUCGUGAGCCAGUCUUAGAUGUAACCCAAUUAAAAAAUAAAGACGUAAAUAUUUGGUGGCCAGAAGAGUCCCAGAGAGCAGAUGCACCUGAAAGGAAAGAAUUAAAGAACAAAAGGAAGGACUGGGAGGCACCAUCACAGUGGUACUCAACAAAUGUGUUCGUGCACGAAGUUGGUGGUCGCGUACCAAUGCUUGCUUUGAAGAAGGCUGCUAACAACACUGACGGCAAAGUGGUGCAGUUCAUGGACAAGGCAGGGAGACGAGAUUUCUGCAGAAAAAAACUAGGCAGCGACAUGGUACAAUCGAACACAGAUUUGCGGACAAGUAAGCCUUCCGCGAAAAGGAAACAUUCAGGCACGACUGACAGUGAUAGUAAGACAGCCCCCAAAAAGAAGUUGACUAAGCAGGGCUUACCUCCUACAAGCAGGAGGUUUGAGGAUAUUAUUGUUGGCAGUACGGGCAUCAAAACGGUUGAGGUUCACUCCAAAACCGAGGCGUUGUUUACUCCGGAUGCUCCACCCUCUUUUGAAAAUAUGUCCAAAGCUGCACUGAUAGGAUAUAUUGAACAACUGAGGGAGGAAAAUGCCCAGCUGAAGAAGCGGCUGCAAUCCAGCGAGGCCUUGAUAGAUUCGCUAGGAGGUAAGCAGCGGUCCUUUAUGUGGAACGUUUCUUGACGGAAAGUCGUCUUGAACUGACCGAGAUACCUCUCUUUGGACUCCAGAAGCUCGAUCACAGGGUCACUAUCACCUUGCUCUACCUCAGGAGGAUCUUGAGGCGCAAGACGGUUCCUCCCGGAUCGCGUCGUCGGCGUGGUGCUCGAGGGCCCUCCUCGUGACGUGGACGGCGGCGUCGGCGGCGCGGUGCUCGCCACGCUGGCAGGUGCCCCCUCAUGGACUCCGGUCGGCGGCGCAGCAGCGCAAGGGGUCCUUCCACCCCCGACUUGAUGGCUCGGCGCACCCCACGGCUCAUUCACUGCUUCACCGAUGGAUGCAUCCCCCCAACCGGCGAGCGAAGCGACAACCUUUUGCCUCAGCCGACACUGGCGUUUGUGAGCGUCAGGAUCAAGCUCGUUACGAAAGAUCAGUUGAGCCACAAAUGCACCAUAAGUACUGUCCAAAAUUUCGAGUAUAGUCUCGUCAGGGGGGAUCGUCUCCUCCAAAAGACGCACGACAUGAACGUACAAUUCGGCCUUCCACUGUUCGGGUAAAUAUAACCCGUUUUGCCAAUUCGCGAUAAUGUCUCGGAGCUCCUCCAUACUGGGCAACCACCCGAACUCAACUGACGCGCGCGCGAGGGCCACGUCGACGGGGGCGUUGCUCCCCGAGGCCGUGCAAUGGGGUGGGGGUUGGCUCACUCGCGCCACUGUACGACACCUGACUCCACAACCCUAGGCGUCCAUUCGGCCGUGCGAUGUGGGGGUAAAGGAGCCCCUCCAGCGACACCUAGCUGAACCAGGUCGAGGGCGUAAGUGAGGG